AUGGCCUCGUCAGACAAUUUUGUAUUACUGGACCUCCUGCCAGGGCAGCAUGGGGAGAAUAUUAUUUGUCAGACACGUCUCGCUUGCCUCGAGACGUGUGGUCCUUAUGAGACUUUGUCCUACGUAUGGAUGGAGGCAGCCGGGUGGCGAAUCAUCCAGGUGUCCGGCCAAGAAGUCGAGGUGACGUGCAACUUGCAUGCCGCUCUUCAACGCCUACGACAUGAGAAGAAGACGCGCACGUUAUGGAUUGAUCAGUUGUGUAUCGAUCAGUGGGAUAUCGAGAAAAAGGCAAAGCAAGUUGACAUGAUGCGUGUGAUUUAUAGGCAAUGUCGUCUCUGUCUGAUUUGGUUAGGUGAGAUACCACAAGGCAAAGGCUUUACUUUUACUGCCUUGGACGUGGGAAAUGUCUUUGAAUUCAUACAGCAGAGUGCAAAGCCCGGAGAUGACCUUGAUGGACAGCAAUCACUUGUCGAAAAACUAUCGUCGCCAGAUGCAAGGGAUCGUGCGCGGAACGCAUUUACCGCAUUCGGUAUAAAGGGAAACCCGUGGUGGUCCCGAAUAUGGACAGUACAGGAAUCAGUCCUCCCCAAGGCGGCGCAGGUAGUUUGGGGGUCUCAAAUGGUCGAAUGGUCAGAUACUCAACAAGCAUCCCGAAACUACUGCCAAAGACUCUGGUCCCUGCCGCUCGUUUUGAUCAAGAUCUUCCGAGAUCUUUUGGACUACGUCAUAUCGCCUGUUCGAGGGCUCGAAAUCGCUCAAGGAGGCGACAAUACGUUGAAUCUAUUGGAGCGAUGGCGCUAUCGCGGGGCCACGGACCCUCGCGACAAGAUCUUUGCUCUGCUGGGAUUAUUCUUCCAACCGCCAUUUCCGAGCGUCCAGCACUGUGAUUAUACCCUCUCGGCUCAGGCUCUUCAUACCAGAGUCACAGUUGACCUCUUGGGCAUCGAGGGAGGAUUACGUCCUUUCGUGGGAAUCCGGGAUUCCAUCAACGAGCAUUUACCCACCUGGGUGACUGAUUUUGGCAAAUUGCCCAAUGUCGACACCUCGGAACGUUGGUGGAACCAUGUCCAUCGGUACGCCCGGUCCAACGCGGAUGCCUAUACUACCUUCACUUACAAGUACCUUGCUGAUAUACAAGCCCUGGAACUGGCUGGCAUCCGCAUCAGUGGCGUUGAAGAGGUUGCCCAGGAAUCUCUGUCGGCGUAUGAGCACACUGAAGUCGACAACCAGGAUCUUCUCCGUGUGAUCCGAUCUUGGCAUGACGAUACGAACUGGAACGCUGCGAAAUUUGGUGCGAAUUAUCCUAAUGGCAAUACCCGGGCGAACGCAUUCGGGGCGACACUCAUAGGAGACUUUUUGAUGGACGAAUUUCCUACACGAGGUGCUAUUCGCAUCGAACAGUACCUGGUAUUUCAAUACGCUACACGUGGUGUUGAGAUAGACUCUCGCGCAUUGUCUCGAUCACUGACAACAUUUGUAAUAAAUCAAAAGUUCUUUGUCACCACAGACGGGUACUUUGGAAUGGGUCCAAAAAUGAUGAUUCCAGGAGAUGAGGUUUGGAUUUUGUUUGGCGGUAGAGUUCCGUUCAUCCUCAGGCGGAAAAACACACAUGGCGAAGCCGACAACGGGUAUACACUAGUUGGUCAUGCCUUUUUAUACGGAAUCAUGAACGGCGAGGCGACUCAAUCACGAUGGCCAGAGAAGAGGUUGAUACGCUUAUAUUGA